AGCAACCCAUAUACAGAACACCGGCUUAUUUUUAGGGUUUUGAGAGCUCUGCGAUUCGCUGCAGAGCUAAAUUUGAUCUCUCUUUGGUCUAUUCCUGUCCUUGAAGCCGAGGGAAUCUGCUUGAGGUUGGUGCAUAUUUUGGAUGUUAUAAUGGCUCGGGUUUACGUGGGGAAUUUGGAUCCGAGAGUCUCAGAAAGGGAUCUCGAAGAUGAAUUCAGAAUGUAUGGUGUUCUUAGAAGUGUGUGGGUUGCACGAAGGCCACCAGGAUAUGCAUUUGUUGAGUUCGAUGAUCGCAGGGAUGCUGUGGAUGCAAUUCGUGCAUUAGAUGGAAAGAAUGGGUGGCGUGUGGAGCUUUCUCAUAAUUCCAAGAGUGGAGGCCAUGGUGGACGAGGACGUGGUGGUGACAACUUGAAAUGUUAUGAAUGCGGUGAACCUGGUCAUUUUGCUCGAGAGUGCCGCUUGCGCAUUGGGUCACGAGGUUUGGAAAGUGGGCGUCGCAGAAGUCCCAGCCCACGACGACAUAGGAGUCCAAGUUAUGGGUAUGGACGCAGGAGUCCAAGUUAUGGGUAUGGGCGCAGGAGUUAUAGCCCCCAUGGUAGAAGAUCUCCAAGACGCCGCAGCCUAUCACCUCACCGUGGUCGCAGUUACAGCAGAUCCCCUCCAUACCGUCAUGGCCGUCGUGAUUCACCUUAUGCUAAUGGAGAUUAGGGCUGGAAGCCGAACUGAAGCAAGAAUGGAAGGACAUUAAAGGAGGCAAUAUAUGCUAUAUUGUAGUUCUAAUAGGACCCGUUGAUAUUAGUUAUGUUCUUGUCCUGACAAUGAGGUUUGUUAGAAACUUGGUUUGGAUGGCUUCAUCGAAGUGUUUUGUGCCGCUAAAGAGUAGGACACUUGUUGUUGGCUGGCUUGCUGUCUCAGCUGCUUACUGAAUCUUGGAGGUCUCUUUCAUACUUUAAAUUGCAACCUUAUUGCUUUUUAUAAUGCUUAAUCUUGACUUAUUAUGGUAGUAUUAAUCUGUAUGGGGUAUUUGUUUCUAAAAGAUUUAUGUGUUUGUUCUGAGGUGUGGUUUUCGGCUAAAACGGCAUCGUUUCACCUCUUACCGCACAUGGUUUUUCUCCGUCUCUGCUUCUCUGCACGUUAUCUACUCAUCGCCCCUGCAUGUUAUUGAGCUUGAAUCACAUGUUGAAAUUACAAAUGUUCAGAAACUUGGUUGUGUACGCCACUUUUACUGCAUUCUUCUGCAACAGAGCUUGUGUUUUAUUCUACCUCCGACCCUGCAUAUUAUUCAGCUUGAAGCACAUGUUGAAAUAAUGAACGUUCGAAAACUUGGUUGUGUAUGACACCUUUUACUGCAUUCUUCUGCAACAAAGCGCUUCUGUCCUACCUACAACCUUUGCAUUUCCGCUAGCUGCUUCGAAAAGGUGAAGCUGUUUAUUAUUGUCCCCAUAUCUGCAUAUCUGCACUUCAUUUCAUAGUGUUGCUUAUUUGAGUAGCAUUGAACCUGCAAUGCAUCUGUCCUUGUAUGGUUGGCAUCAAAAGUGUCCUGAUCUAGCAUAGAUCUCGAAUCUUUAUCGAUGAGUUGAAGUGGUAUGAUGCCUUCUGGGUACUUAUUUUUCAAGUACAGGUGAAUGGCUUCAAGUAUAUAUGGAAGAAAUCCAAGAAUGUUUUUCACCAUUUUAUAGUACAAGACAAAUGGCUAUAUAUGAUGGGCAAUCAGGGAAUGGUUCUAAGAUAAUUCUGCCCAAAAUUGUUUCAGUGGUAGUUCCUCCAGAAAAUUUCGUUGCGAUGGUUUGAUAACUGAACUUGAUUUUCAACAUCCCCGCAUGCUGUCAUUGAUUGUUCUCCUCAUGAGUGUCACUAGAUAGAAGCAUAAUGGUUGCUUUCCAAAUGAUGGUAAAAGCCAAAAUUACUCGUCUGAGUGUUGGAGUUCAUGGAAUACCAUUUGACCGUGUGGUUGCUAAGGACUUGGGGCUUUUUCUUUGUAUAUUUUUUUCUCGUCUGACUUGAAUAUUUAUUAUCCUCGAAUCUGUUACUUUUCUUGUCAUGUAACUCAACAAUUCGCUUUUCUUUGGUUGAUAAAACAAAGAUGCGAUGACAGUAGUUUUUGGUUUUU